AUGGAGCAGCGAAUCCUACUUCGGCUGGCUGCAGCUCCCGCGGCAGUCCAGUGGCAUGAAGUCGACCUCAACGGCAACCUCAUGGAUGCCUUGAGAGAGUUUCAGCGGGCUACGUGGGCAGUCGCCGUCCAUGAGGGGCCGGCUUGUGGGGGCACGACGACCUUCGGCGAGCAGGCGGCACCAGCUGGUGAGAGAGAGGCACUCUUUCAGCUUCUUCGCCAUGCUCACCACGCUGGGGUACGCAGACUUACCAUCUACUGUGAUUGCAAGGCAGUCAUCGUUCGACAUGGCAGAGUUUGCGGAGGGCACGUGCAGGGCACAGUCGAGGCGAUGUGGCGGAGCAUCAAGGGACUCACGCCAGACGCCGCCACUAUGGGACUGGCGACCCGACGGAGGGCCUUUAACGGCUGCUCAGGCCAGGGCACUCAAUCAGAGGGCGGACGACAAGGCUUCGGAGCUCCUGGAGGCGGACCGUGCUGGCGUCGAGGAGGGCUUGCGGCAUCGUGCUGCUCUGGCCGACUGGAGCCGCAGGAUGGUCGCAAGGCAGAUGGAGGCAACCAAGGAUUUGCAUUCCAGAUGGUGCGAGCUCAUGGCGGAGGAGUUCUUUGCUCCCGAGGCCGGACGUUCCCGGCCGGGGCAACUAGAACGGGCUGGAGGGCGGCGUCUAUCAAAGAUGGGCUGGGGCGUCGCUUCAGCUUCAUCCUCAUGGUGGCGUUCAACCAGAUUUCAGAUUUCAGACCCACACACUGGUGCGAUCCUGUUGCAACUCAGAAUGGAGAUCCACUGCAGUCGUCCUCAAUAACCUCACCAGCUCCGGAAGACAACUGA